AUGUCGACUACUAAAACACCCUCCAAGGCCGACAAGACCAAAGAGGCCAUUGAAAAGGUCUCCAAGUAUGCCGAAGUCGCCGGUGAAAAGCUCCAAGAGUAUGCCAAACCAGCCUUUGACUUUCUUGUCCCCAAGAUCCCCGUAGCCAUUGAGUAUUCCAAAAAGGCGAUUGCGUUCUACAAUGGAUUGCCCCAGAACGAACUCAAUCUUUUGAUUGGAGCGGUCUACUGCUUCUUUGGUGGUUUGUAUCCCGUCCUCUUUGCGGCCGCCAUGGCAGCGGAAUACGGAGGACGUCAAACCAUUUACGAGGCCAUUAAGGAUCUUGCCGAAGAAGCCACUAUUAUUAUUGAGCAAUCCAAGAAGGACGAUGACGUAGAUCAGGAUAAGGAUGGAAUCAAGGAUGUCAAUCAAAUUGAGGCAAAGGAAUUCGUCCAGCGCAAGACAUUGUUGGUCUUGCAAAAGAUGAAUCCUGAAAAGGUGGACACUGCCAUGGCCUCCAUUUACAAGGUGUGGUUGAGUGUGGCCGCAGUCUUGAGCAUUCGAUUUGCGCGCACAAUUUCCUUUUCCUUGGCCAUUGCUGAUUUCUUGAAUCGUCCUGUGGAUCGAUACAUUUCUCCUACUGUCCAGAUUGCUAUUCCGGAUGAGUACGAUCGUUGGGUUCCUGUUAUUUUGGGAUGGAUCUCGAAAUCGAUUGCCAUGUCCAUUGCCUGGUGGUUGGAAACUCUCCGAAGUGCCUUUGCAUCAGCUUUGAAGGGAGGUCUCAUGAUUUCUCGCUCCAUUUACGAUGAACUAUUGGAACGCAAGAUUGAUUUGGGAGGUCUGGUGACUGAAAAGCACACCGAUACCCGAUUUGACGAAUACAUGAGCUAUGGAUUUGCCGCUUGGGGAUUCUACUUUCAGUGGCGAAUGGGAUUCGGAAUGCCAUUUCCGUUCAAUCUCAUUUUGUGGCCUUUUGAAUUUGCCGAAUGGUUCAUUCGAUGGUCCAUUACUUCGGCGUAG